AUUUACUUGCCUCUGACCGGGUUCAAGAUUCACUCUGGGUCUAAAAUUCUUCAUCAUUCAACUGGCUUACGGAAGGCCAAUAGUUCUACCCGGGUAUCCGCCCGUGAUGAAAUAAUGCACGGAGAGGCGCCUGGAGUCUUACCCCAACACCAAAGCUGGAAAGUUCCCCUUUUGACCUACUGGUAUAUUUGCGUCGAUGCGACCUUAGAAUUAUUUUCACAGUUUUAUUAGCUCGACUAUUUACUGGGAUAAAUAAGACUGUUGUACUCGUGUCGGCGUCACGUUGCAUUCAGAUUUAUGUCCGGCUUCCCAAUUUCACUAUAUCUUCCUAACUAUUGCAUCUAUUACAAUCUAACUGUGUGCAAGGGUUGGUCUUGUUAAGCGGCAGACAUCUAUCAGUUUUGGGUCAGGUAUCCUAAAGGGUAAGGUCACUGGGGUCAAAUAUUGUAAUAGUGUUAGUUAAAAUGCAAGCUUCUCAAUUACAUUAUAUCUUCUUAACUGCUCUCCCUAUAAUCCCCAAACCUUAUGUAACGAUUGGACAGAAAACGUUUGGUUUAGAGCUAAGUACACUAAAGAUCAAGGUAACUGGGAUACUGUCCGUUAAAGUUUUAUGACACACCUCUCAAGAUUAGUUUUAACUCGCAGUGUCUCUUAGUAUUGGUAUCCCUCAUACCCCCACUUCUUACCCCUACCACCACUUUAUACUUACCUUGUGUCUUAAAUUGUUUCUUAGAUUCCCAAUACCCGCUAUGUACUUCAACCCAACCCACCCACAAAAAGGUUUUUAGCUUGAAGAAUAAGUAGAGCUAUCCUACUCACCACGGCGUCGGCGUAACACCUUGGUUAAGUUUUUCGUACAAGCCCACAUUUUGACAAAGUCUUUUGAGAUAAAGUUUUAAAACUUUCAACACUUGUUUACCAUCAAUAUGUCCAGUUUUAGGCAAGAGUACAUAACUCCAUCAAGGAUUUUGGCUGAAUUAUGGCCCCUUUUAACUUACAAAUCUUGGUUAAGUUUUUUCUUACCAGUUCAUAUUUUGUUUAACGUUUUUGACGUAUGACUUUGAAACUUUUAUCACCUGUAUAUUAUAACAGUCUCUAACUGUAGGCAAUAGUCGAAAUUCUGUCAACUAUUUUGGCUGAAUUAUGGCCCUUUUUAGGCUUGGAAAUUGGUACAAUUUUCGCACAAGUCACGUCAGCGUUUUGUCAAAACUGUUUGACAUGUGGCUUUGAAACUUUGAACACUUUUUUAUCAUCAUAAUUUCCAUCUGUAGGCAAGAGUACAUAACUCUGUCAACUAUUUUGGCUGAAUUAUGGCCCUUUAUGGACUUGGAAAUUGAUUCAGUUGUCAUACAAGUCAGCGUUUUGUCAAAACUAUUUUGCACUUGUUUAUCGUCAUGAUUUUCAUCUGUAGGCAAGAGUACAUAACUCUGUCAACUAUUUUGGCUGAAUUAUGGCCCUUUUUGGACUUCGAAAUCAGUUGAAUUUUUCAUACCAGUCCAUAUUUUGCCUAACCCGUUCGUCAUAUGGCUUUGAAACUUUGACCACUUGUUUACCAUCAUAGUCUACAUAUGUAGGCAAGACUACAUAACUAGGACAGGGGCUUUAGCUCAGUUAUGGCCCUUUUUUGACAUAGAACUUAGUUAAGUUUCGCAUACCAUUCCAUAUUUUGUCUAAGCUGUUUGAUAUACGGCUUUGAAACUUUGCCAUAUAGUGCAAGACUUGCCCAAAUUCGCAAAUACAGGUACAUUGUUUGUUUUAUCUAUUAUUUUUUUGUCUGAAAAUCUCUGGUAAUAUUUUGACCCCAUACUUCCAUCAAUUCAUCGAAUAGUCGAGCGCGCUGUCAACAGACAGCUCUUGUUUACAUUCCCGCCCCCACCCCUUCCUCGUCACACAUACUUCUGGAUAAAAUCAUAUAUUGAUUACUUUUUCCACUUUUUAAUUUUUCUUAUUAUUUUUAGCAAAUAUCUACGAGGUAUGGUCGUCACUUGAUCGUGAUCGUCGGCGUCGGUUAAGACUUUUGUUUAGGUCCACUUUUUCUCAAACAAUAUAAGUGCUACAGCUCUGAAACUUUGUAAAUCAUCAUUAGAGGAGUAAGUAGGCCAAGAACCAUAACUGUCAUUUGCAUUUUGUCCAAAUUAUGGCCCCUUUUCAGUUAUUUUUCACAAAUUUGAAUUUCUUGGUUAAAAUGGUUGUUUAACCCUUUACUUCAAUACAAAUGUACUAUUGGAGCAAUAGUUUUGAAACUUUGCAAGCUUGUUUAAUAUCAUUAUAUUCGUAAUUAGGCCGAGAACCAUAACUCUGUUAUGCAUUUAUUCAGAAUUAUGGCAUUUUAUGCACUUGGAAUUUCUUGAUUUAAGUUUUUGUUUUGGUCUACCUUUCAUUUAAUCAUUUAAGAACUAUAGCUUUGAAGUACUUGUUUAAUUUUGUUAGAUUAGCACAUAGGUCAAGAAACAUAACUCUCUCUCUUGCAUUUUAUCAGAAUUGUAGGCAUUUAUUUACUUAGAAUAUUUGUAUUUCUUAAUUAUAUUUUUAGGUGCACUUCUUUGAAUACUAUAGCUUUGAAACUUUAUAUAGUUUUAUGUCAUUAAGAGAAGGAACCAUAACUCUUUCAUUAUAACUCUUUCCUUGCAUAUUGCCUUAUGUCAAGCACUUACAGACGAGCGUUUGCACAAACAGUCAUUGCUCUUGUAAUUAAAUUCAUGAAAUGGUCUCUAUCUAAAUAAACAAAAUAAAUGGAUUUCACUGCUGUUACCGCGUAAAUAAAUAAGGAACGUUCACACGAAGAUUUAGGAAAGUGCAAACAACUACAUACACGAUAUAACGUUAUCGUUCUUCUCUCAAUUGUAAAUGUUUGCCCCGUGAACGAGGUCUGAUAUAGAUAUAUUUAUGUGUUAGGAAGUACUGCAUCUGUCAUCAUGUUUAGCGGAAACGGAAGCCGUGGCUAUACCGCUUACACGGACAAGAACGUGCUCAAUCAUUACUUGACAUUAGACCUGCCGGAUGACCAUUUCAUGUGCGAAUACAUAUGGAUUGAUGGAACGGGAGAAGGGAUACGUUCCAAGUGCAAAACUAUUGAUUUCCCAAUAAACAGCGCAGAAGACUGUCCAGUAUGGAACUAUGACGGUUCAAGUACAUACCAGGCUGAAGGCUCGAACUCGGACAUGUACCUUCACCCCUGUGCCAUGUUCAAUGACCCAUUUAGACGUGGGAAUAAUAAACUCGUUCUCUGUGAUGUCUAUAAAUGCAACAAAGAACCAGCAGAAUCAAACAAGAGAUGGACGUGUGCCAAGGUCAUGGAAGCAGCGAAGGGGUCCUGUCCUUGGUUUGGUAUAGAGCAAGAAUAUACGCUACUCGACUUUGAUGGUUAUCCAUUCGGUUGGCCAAAGAACGGUUUUCCUGGACCACAAGGACCGUAUUACUGUGGUGUUGGGGCUAAUAAAGUUUAUGGUCGUGAUGUAGUGGAAGCGCACUACAGAGCUUGUCUAAAUGCCGGUGUGAAAAUUGCCGGUUGCAACGCCGAGGUCAUGCCCGGUCAGUGGGAGUACCAAGUCGGUCCGUGUGAAGGUAUUUCAAUCGGGGAUCAUCUUUGGAUAUCACGUUACUUACUGCAUAGGGUGGCGGAGGAUUUUGGUAUAACAGCAACCCUUGACCCUAAACCUGUAGAGGGAGACUGGAACGGGGCUGGAGCCCAUUGUAACUACAGUACAAUUCAAAUGAGGGAAAAGGGUGGAUUAAAAUACAUUGAAGAUGCCAUCGAAAAACUGUCGAAGAACCACAACAAACAUAUUAUAGCAUAUGAUCCGCACCAAGGCAAGGACAACGAAAGACGUCUCACGGGACUUCACGAGACUUCCGAUAUUCACGAUUUCUCGGCUGGUAUCGCAAACCGAGGUGCUAGUAUCAGAAUCCCCCGCCAGGUUGCGGAACUUGGAUAUGGUUAUCUUGAAGACAGGCGUCCAUCUUCGAACUGUGACCCGUACUCGGUAGCAGAGGUCAUUGUGCAGACGACAGUGCUGGACUAGCAGGCGACAGUCGGAAACCUUGUCGCUAUCAGUUUUACAGCAUUACUAUUGUGUAUAUCAGUAUUUGGAACUUUACGUCUUUUACAGACUUUAUUCUAGACUUUUUCUUAACCUAUAACGACAUUGAAAUAGGCUUAGUGCUGGCGGAGUGCUACACACAAGCUAUAUGCAUACCAUUUUGCUAAAACGCUUUUUAGAGUGCUAGCUGUUUUAUCAUGCUGUUAUAUUUUGAAUUAGACAAAAACAACUCAUGUCAGCAAAUAUUAGGACCAUCUGACUGGAUGAUCAAUACACGUCCCAUAUUAUGACGGCAGAGGGCGCUAUUAUAGUAAUGCUCGAAAGCUUUCGCCGAACCGUGGAAAAAGUACGACAUUGCGUAAAGUGUUAAUGUCCGGUGACCGGACCUAUCCUGUUUGAUUUCGCUAGGCUUCCGGAAAGUUUAAAAAGGCCGGUGUGCGAGGAUCCGUCAAAAAGUUCUGUCAUGAGUUCGGAUUUUUUAAGUGCUACGUUUUAUCAAAAUUAUUUUUAUUACAAAUCUUCAAAGUAUUUUCCCUUUACCAAAAUAUAUUUUUGUAACCUUUUUACCGAAUGUUGAAAAGCAGAUAAACAGAAUUCUUUUGGUACCUGUUAGAGACACUGAUAAAUGGCGCUGCCAAGAGAACUUUUAUACUUAAAUUACAUUCCAGAAAAAGCAUUUUCUUAAGUCUUGGAAAUAAUACAAAGUCACAGGGACUCAGGUCAGGUGAAUAAGGCGGAUGGUUUACAACUUCCACAUUUUCAGAAGCCAAAAAGACUUAACAACCUCGCACUUGUGAGAGAACGCGUUGUCCUUUAUAAGAUGAACUCUUGACCUUCUUUUGCUUGGGCGUUUCUUAGUGUACAGAGUUGUUGUAGAAUCGUCCAGAGACUGUAUGAUCAAAUGGCCAAGGCACUUGAACGACUGGCCCACUAAAAUUGAAGAAAAUUGCGUACAACAUCUUUUUCGAACUUAAAAUUCUCUUAGCAAUAUAAGGGCGUUUUUGAUAUUUUCGCUUUCAUUGCUUAUUAUCAGCCCUUCGCUGUGGCUCAAACAUGUGCACCAAGGUUUCGAUACCUCUUAGCAAGUUAGAAAUAACCCGACUUCACAGCUUUUGUAUGUUUUCAAAAGUUCCCGGGUACAUUUAAGGCGUUGUGUCAUUUGUUCCUUAUUGAGCAAAUGAGGUACCCACCUAGCGCAAACCUUUCUCAGGUCCAAACGCCUUUUCAUAAUUGUUUGCACACUGCCUUCUGAUAUGCCAGUACAACUGGCUAUAUCUUCCAACGACAACCGCGCAUCCUGUUCGGCCACAGCUUUUGCAGCUUAAAAACAGAGGUUUUACGCCUACCAGAACGCGUAUCAUCUUCGAUAGAUAAUUUCCCAGUUUUAAAAGCUUUAACCCACCUAAAACCUGUGCGCAUUGAAAUGGCCUGAGGUCCGUAUAUAUCACACAAUUCUUUGAAUCUAUAUCAAGCCUAAUGCGGCAUUUAAUAUAGCUACGAAUUUCAGUCUUUUCGUCCACUUUACAACGCGAGAUGUAUUUCAAUUUGGAAUAUCUCGGUCAUUUGAAAAGCAAUUUGCACGAAAUAAACGGAUAUCGUUAGCUGUUGGACACACUAUUCAAGUGCAAUGAAGCGUUUAAAAAAUAUCUGGAAUAAAACUACGGAAGCCCAUUAGUGACAGAACUUUUUGCAGGACCCUCGUAUCAUUCAAUCUGUACGCAUGAUAUUUAAUUGCAUAGGUGUCUUAUGAGAAGCUAUGCGAGCCGAAGUAGCAGCCACAAAGAUAUAACAGAACAGAACAGAACACACGUCGGCAUUAACAUACAAACACGUUUUGAUAUCAUUUACAAGACAUACAAGGAAUGUACCAUUAAACCGUAGCUACUUAAUUACCGUGAUUACAUGCUCAAUAACUAUCAUUUAUCAACGAAAUUUACACAGUCAUUUAAGAAGCAUUUAGGAACACUCCCAGAAUUUACAGUAAAGUGUGUUUCUGAAAAUAAUGAUUUUAUAGAACGGUGACCAGUGCCGUCAUAGAUCCAUUACCGUUAAUAACAUGUAGCGUAUUAGUCGCAUUUUCUUAAAACUUACACAGCUACAGACACGUUUAAAUCGCUGUAUUUUUGUACAGCGGCUUCAGAUUUGUCGACUGUCGGUGUUUACGACGUCUUACGUCUUCCUCAUAUUGACAUCAAUGUAGGUUUUUAGUAGUUUUCGGGCCCGAUUUCUGAACCCAGAGAAGAAAAUCAACGAUGCUACUUAUCCGUUAAUGCCUGUGUUUAACAUGGGGCAGCUUCAAAACUGCUCAAGCGGUUCAGUCAGAGUUUUAAUGAGUGUAAGUUAUUCUUUUUGAAUUUACAAACCAUAUAUGUGUUGAAGCUUUUAUGACAACCACAGGCUUCUUUCCGAGGUCAUCUACUGAAACGAAAAAAAUAGAUUCACAAGGCUUAAAAGCAGCCAGAAUAUUAGGUUUAAAAUACGAUACAGUAUACAACAUGAUGCGUUUCUAAAUGUAUGUAUCAUUGUUUCUAUCAUCCAGUUUUUGUAAACCUUUAUCGUCAUACUGCAGUAUCAUUUACAAUUUCAUAUAGAAAUUUGAAUAAAACAAAGCAAAAUGUA